AUGGCGAAAACCGGGCUGUUUUCACUUCUCUAUCCUUUGGUGCUUUCAGCCCUUGUGCUCAACUGCCACUGCCUAGAAAGAAAGCUUCAUGUUGUCUACAUGGGAGAUAAGCCUCAAGAAGGACUAUCAGUUGCUUCCAAGCAUCAUGGGAUGUUGCAUAGAGUGCUUGGAAGUGCUUCGGCAGCCAAAGACUCACUAGUCCACAGCUAUGGAAGAAGUUUCAAUGGAUUUGCAGCAAAGCUCACUGCUGAGGAAGCCGCCAGAAUUUCAGAAAUGGAAGGAGUGGUUUCAGUCAAUCCAAGCCGCAAGCACAAGCUUCACACUACGAGGUCUUGGGAUUUCUUGAACCUCACCACAGACAAGCUCGGAGCAGCACCUGAAUCAGAUGUUGUCAUCGGCCUCCUCGACACUGGGGUCUGGCCAGAGCAUCCGAGUUUCAACGACUCCGGUUUCACUUCUCCACCAACUAAAUGGAAGGGAGCAUGCACAGGAGUAAACUUCACUUGCAAUAAUAAGAUCAUCGGAGCAAAGUUCUAUCAUAGUGGCGAAGGUUACUAUGAAGGAGAAGUUCCUUCACCAAGAGACACAGAAGGACACGGAACACACACAGCAUCAACUGCUGCAGGAGUUGAGGUCGAUGCAAGCUACUUUGGUGUAGCAGCAGGAAAAGCACGAGGAGGUGUCCCGAAUUCACGGAUUGCAGUGUACAAAGUCUGCUGGUUGGAUGGGUGCGAUGAUGCAGACAUCCUUAAAGCCUUUGAUGAUGCAAUCGCAGAUGGGGUGGAUGUAAUCUCCGUUUCAUUGGGAGCAGGCUGGCCUCUUGAUUACUUUGAUGACAGUAUCGCCAUUGGAUCCUUCCACGCCAUGAAGAACGGAAUUCUCACAUCAAACUCAGCUGGAAAUUCCGGUCCUUUCCCUGUGUCAGUUUCGAACUAUUCUCCAUGGAGUCUCACUGUUGCUGCCAGCACCAUUGACAGAAAAUUAGUUGCCAGAAUGCAACUCGGAAAUGGCCAAAUCUUCACUGGAAUCAACAUCAAUACCUUUGAGCUCAAUGGGACUACAUACCCUCUGAUAUGGGGAGGAGAUGCUGCCAACUACACUGUCGGUUCCAAUCCAGAAAUCGCCGGCUGGUGCCUAACCGGAGCCAUGAAUGCUGAUAUAGUGUCUGGUAAAAUUGUGUACUGUGACACAAUCUGGGAUGGUUCUGGUGUUCUUCUAGCUAAUGGUGUUGGAAACAUCAUGUCCGACGUAAACGUUGAAAAUCUCGACGUCGGCUUCAGCUGGCCUCUGCCAACUUCACUCAUCAGCCCCUCAGAAGGGAAGAGCGUUCUUGAAUACAUUAGAAGCACAGAGAAUCCCAUUGCAACCAUUUUCUUCACUGAGGCAUGGAAAGACGCCAUGGCUCCCGAUGUUGUUUCAUUUUCUUCCAGAGGGCCGAGCCCCAUCUCUCCAGACAUUCUCAAGCCUGACCUCACAGCACCUGGUGUGGACAUUCUGGCUGGAUGGUCUCCUCUGUCACCAUCCUCAAUCUACUAUGGCGACACGAGAAGCACACUCUUCAACAUCAUUUCUGGCACAUCCAUGUCUUGCCCUCAUGCCAGUGGUGCUGCUGCUUACGUCAAAGCUGCUCACCCCAAUUGGUCGCCGGCUGCCAUUAAAUCAGCCCUCAUGACUACAGCUUAUGUCAUGGACCCGUCCAAAAGUGAGGAUCUUGAAUUCGCAUAUGGUUCGGGCCAGAUCAACCCAGCUGCUGCAGUCGAUCCUGGACUUGUAUUCGAUGCAUCAGAAGCAGACUACGUCAACUUCCUCUGCAAACAGGGAUACAACAGUUCCACUCUGAGGCUAGUGACAGGAGACAACAGCACUUGCGACGGUAUAAAACCCGGAAGAGCAUGGGAUCUCAACUACCCCUCAUUCUCACUGUAUGUAGAAGAUGGCCAGCCGAUUGAUGCCACCUUCACCAGAAAAGUGACCAACGUUGGUGCAGCAAACUCAACCUACGUUAUUUGGACCAACCUUGGAGGAAUCUUUGGUGCUCCAGGGCCAUCACUAUUCAACGUUACAGUUGAGCCCACCACCCUAGCAUUCUCAGCAGUUGGAGAAACCCAAACUUUCACUGUUAGUGUGACUGGACCAGCCAUAUCACAGCAGCCAAUCACCUCAACUGCGAUCUAUUUGGUGGAAGCAAGCGGAACACAUAUGGUCAGGGCCCCACUCGCGGUCUACAACUAUAUCCCGGGCGCUCCUUACAAUCUUGACGAUGAUUCGGUAUCUGCAUCUCCCCGCCGUUCUUCUGUGUACCAGAAAGUUGGGAAAGUCGCACAUCGCAAACCACUCCCAUAGUUCUCUCAAGAAACCAUGGCAAUGAGAGGGCAGCACCAAGAUUAAGCUGCACAUUUUCUGAUUAAAUGCAUCAAUA